AUGGAAACCCUCCAGGAGAAUGCCACGGGAGGGACACAUCAAACCUUGCUGUGUCAAGGCCCCGUGGAACUCAGAAGAGGCUGGAGAAGGAAGAAACAACAUCUCUCCUUGUUCAGUGAUGUUUUGAUUGUGUCUGAUAACCUGCGUAAGAGAAAGUUUACAACAAAAUAUGUCAUCCCACUGCGUUUCCUGUGGAUGGGUGACUAUGUGGACAUACUUGGGACAGACAGCAGCUCUGCUUGCAAGUCCAUCCUCCUGUUCUGGCCCGUGGGAAAUUUUGUGGCCACCUUUCGUUCCAUGGAACAGAAAGAUCGGUGGUACUCUUUUCUCCAAAGAUCCAUUAAUGAAGCCACAAAGGGCUACAGGAAGCAUUUUAAACUUCCAAUAUUCACUGAGGACAUCCCAAACUGUGCCAAUCCUUUAUAUGUGACAACAACAGACUUGGAGACAGUGAAUGAUGUUAUCCAGAAAUUACUACCCUUGACAGGAAUGCCUAGUGCUCAAGAUUACCAACUGUGGUUCUGUCGUGGCCAUGAAAAAGCCCCAGGCCUACUCCAAGAGCAUGAGCAUCUCUAUGACAUUAUAAUGAGGAACAUUCAAAGCCCCUUCAGUCAACGGGAAUCAAGAAAUUGCACAGCUUUUCCUGCCCUGCCUGGGCUGUAUGUGGAACAACCAGAUAUACAGGGGCGAUUCCUCCUGAAACCCAGAGACCCAACAAGAAACCAGAAGCAGAGCAGUAAGUCCUUGACCUUCCUUCAAGUGGCCUUGCUCAGUUCCAGUUGCACAAAUGAAACUACUCCAUGUAAUGCUCUCAUCUCCUCUUUAGAUACAGAGGAACCAGGAAUUAAGAAAAGACAGUCUUUCAUAUCUUGGUGGUUCCACAGGGGCUCUACGCCUCACCAGAACCAAAUGUGCACAGCCCCGCCAGUUGCCAAAGCAGGAAAACUCUUCGGACGUGAUCUGACUGACAUUUGUGAGGACGGCAAUCUGCCCACAGAAAUUCUGGACAUUCUAUCCUUUAUUAGUGAAAAGGGGCCAGUCACUGAAGGUAUCUUCAGAACAUCAGGCGAUAUAAGAGCAUUCCGAGCCCUAAAAGAAAGAUUGGAUUCUGGGACCAAAGUGAAUCUGAGCAAUGAAAGUGUCCCUGUUGUGGCAUCUAUCUUAAAGGAGUUUCUUCAAAACAUAAAAGGAAGUGUGCUGACAUCUACACUAUAUGAUAAAUGGCUUGGUGUCCUUGACCAAGCGUGUGAAGAGAAGAAAGCAGCUGCAGUGCAGAGUCUUUUAGAGCAACUACCCCAACCUAAUGUCAUUCUUUUGAAACAACUUUUUGGGAUAUUAUAUAAAAUUGAGAGAAACUCGGAAGUCAACCAUAUGACAUCAUCUAAUUUAGCUGUGUGCAUCGCCCUAAGUAUUCUAUGCCUGCCUAGUUCCUACAACUCAGGAUUGGCAGAUGUCUCCAAAAAGAUUUCACUUGUCAAUUUCCUUAUUGAGAAUUAUCCAAAAAUAUUUGAAGACAUUCCAUUUCAUUAUGAGAGCUCAUUUGCUUGCUCUGAUGAGGAGAAGGCUUACAAUUCCCUGAACACUCUUACUGACAAUGUUGAAAUGGAGGUAAAAGAACAUGAAGACAACCCCUGUCCCAGUGGGAGCACAUGCCCCACAGGCAAUGAUGCAGUGUGCAGAAGUCCAACUGUUCCUCUUAACAAUGAGGGAAUUAUAGAUCCUGAAAAAGAUGUCAAAAAAUCUUUUAUAAUUCCAGUGAUUACAAGGGACUCUGAGACCAGCCCAAACAACAUGUGCUUAAUCCCACCAGAACCAAAAGAGGAGCACCCCAUUGAAAAUAUCCACACCCCACCAGCACCAAAAGAGGAAAAUCUCAUUGGAAACUCUGACAACACACCAGCACCAAAUGAGGAACAUCUGUAA